AUGAUCAAAUCAUCAGAGUUUGAUAAAGCAACCCCAUCCAAAAUUGCACAAUGUCAACUGCUAGCAUUUUUUCUUAUAUUCAACUUCAUCAAUAGUUUGUCUCACCCUUUAGACCUUCUCUCUCCAAAUGAAAUCAACAAAACAAGACACAUAAUUCAACAAUCAUACCUUGGUGAUAUUCCUAAUAUCACCUUUCAUUUUGUUGAUGUUGAAGAACCAAACAAAAACAAUGUUCUAAAGUGGUUAUCUUCAUCAACAAAAGAAAAACCAAACAUUCCUAGACAAGCUAAGGUAGUUGUUAGAGCCAAAGGUGAAACUCAUGAGCUUGUUGUUGACUUAACAAAAGGGUCAAUUGUCUCAGAUGAAAUCUUCAAAGGUCAUGGAUACCCUCCUUUUACAUUCAAUGAACUUUUCAGAGCUAGUAAGUUACCUCUUAAAUAUUCAAAAUUCAAAGAGUCAAUUACCAAAAGAGGCUUGAAUUUGUCUGAAGUUUCAUGUGUACCAUUCACAAUUGGUUGGUAUGGUGAAGAAAUCACAAGGAGAGCUCUUAAAGUUUCAUGCUUUUAUAGAGAUGAAUCUGUUAAUAUUUGGGCUAGGCCUAUUGAAGGAAUCAUUUUGCUAGUUGAUGUUGAUUCAAUGAAGAUUGUUUUGUACAAUGACAGAUACAGAGUACCUAUGCCGAAAGCCGAAGGUACAAAUUUUCAAUCUACAAGCAAAAAUAGGCCUAAUAUAUUUGCUACAUGUAACAUAUCAUCAAAUGUUGGAUUUACCAUAAAAGACCAUGAAGUGAAAUGGGGUAAUUGGGUUUUUCAUGUUGGGUUUAAUGCUAGAGCUGGAAUGAUUAUAUCAACUGCUUCUAUAUUUGAUGAUAAAAAACAAAAGUUUAGGAGAGUGAUGUAUAGGGGACAUGUGUCUGAGACAUUUGUCCCUUAUAUGGAUCCUACAUUGGAAUGGUAUUUUAGGACUUUUAUGGAUGUUGGUGAAUUUGGGUUUGGUCGGGCAGCUGAUAGCUUGCAGCCCAAGGUUGAUUGUCCUGAAAAUGCAGUGUUUAUGGAUGGUUUUAUGGCGGGGCCUAAUGGAGAAGUGCAACAGGUACCAAGGGCUAUCUGCAUUUUUGAAAGAUAUUCCGGUAAUGUUGCUUGGAGACACAUGGAAAUCAAUAAUCCAACAAAAUUGAUAAGAGAUGGAGAGGUUGAUAUAAGUUUGGUGGUGAGAAUGAUUGCUACUGUUGGUAACUAUGAUUAUGUUCUUGAUUGGGAAUUCCUUAAAAGUGGCAGCAUAAAAGUUGGGGUGGCUCUAACAGGUGUAUUAGAAAUGAAAGCAGUAUCAUACACACACAAAAGUCAAAUAAAAGAAAGCGUCUUUGGAACCUUAGUGGCAAAAAACACCAUAGCCAAUUAUCAUGAUCACCUCAUAACAUAUUACCUUGACCUUGACAUUGAUGAUAAUGCAAACUCUUUCAUCAAUGCAAAGUUACAAAAAGUCAAAGCAAAUGAGUCUGGAACACCAAGGAAGAGUUAUUGGACAGUUAUUAAAGAACCAGCUAAAAGAGAAGUCGAGGCAAGAAUUCGCCUCGGCUCCGAGCCGGCUGAGCUGUUAAUAAUCAACCCUAAUAAAAUGACAAAGCUGGGAAAUGAAGUGGGUUACCGGCUGAUCAGUGGCCAGCCGGUUAGUUCUCUGUUGAGUGAUGAUGAUUUUCCAGAAAGAAGAGCUUCUUAUACAAAGUAUCAAGUGUGGGUAACUGCUUAUAAUAGGUCAGAAAGAUGGGCUGGAGGGUUCUAUGCUGAUAGGAGCCGUGGAGAUGAUGGGUUAGCCGUUUGGAGCCGAAAGAAUAGAGAGAUUGAGAAUAGAGAUAUAGUGGUAUGGCAUACAAUAGGGAUACAUCAUGUUCCUUAUCAAGAAGAUUUUCCAGUAAUGCCAAGUGUUCAUGGUGGUUUUGAACUCAGACCAGCUAACUUUUUCGAAAGUAAUCCAUUGGUUUGA